CGAAGGGAAUGUGUUUAGGAAAGCAAGAAGAGGGAAAAACCUCCUCAAGAAGAAGAAGAAGAAGAAGAAGAAGAAGAAGUUAGCUGCUGGAUGUCAUGAAGUACGAGUAGUGGGAGCACAGCACAGCACAGCACAGCACAGCACAGGACAGCACAGCACAGGACAGGAUAGGAGGAGAGUGGCGUGUGUUUGCAGGCGUGGACUCAUCAAAGCACUUCAGGAUUCUCCUCUCGACUGCAAGACUUUUCCACUCUUUCAACUCCUCUUCAUUCCCCGCAGGACUUUUACUUCUUUGUGUGCCAAAUGUCGUCUUUUGACGGGGAAGGACACGUCGCCUGAGUGCGCGUGCGUGUACAGGUACGACACACCCGGAAGAAGAAGCCGUACGUGGUGCAGGUUUCAUAAGUCGACCAACAUGGCAAAGUUGUGAAGUGGAUCCUCGUGAAGACAUGAUGAAGAGUGUCAAGAGGAAGUUGUACGUGUUGAUGGACGUGAUGUGUGUGCUCGUGGCGGCACUGCCCUUCAUCGUCAUGACCAUCGUCUCCAAACCUUACCAGCGAGGCGUGUACUGCGACGACGAGAGCAUCAAGUACCCCCUGAAGCCCGACACCAUCAGCCACGCCAUGCUGGCCGCCGUCACCAUCUCCUGCACGGUGGUCAUCAUCACGUCAGGAGAAGCGUACCUGGUGUACAGCAAGAGGAUCUACUCCAACUCCGACUUCAACCAGUACGUAGCGGCGCUCUACAAGGUCGUGGGCACCUUCCUGUUUGGAGCGGCGGUCAGCCAGUCGCUCACCGACCUGGCCAAGUACACCAUCGGCCGCCCGAGGCCCAACUUCAUGGCGGUGUGCGCGCCCAGGGUGUGCACGGGCUACGUGCACGCCAUCAACUGCACGGGAAAGCCGCAGGACGUCACCGAGUCGAGGCUGUCCUUCUACUCGGGUCACUCCUCUUUUGGCAUGUACUGCAUGCUCUUCCUGGCGCUCUACGUGCAGGCCCGGCUGGUGGCCAAGUGGGCUCGCCUCCUCCGACCCACCAUCCAGUUCUUCUUGGUGGCCUUCGCCGUCUACGUGGGCUACACGCGGGUCUCUGACUACAAGCACCACUGGAGCGACGUGCUGAUGGGGCUGCUGCAGGGGGCGCUGGUCGCCGCGCUAAACGUGCGCUUCGUGUCUGACUUCUUCAAGAAGCGACCUCCACGACCUCCACGCCGCGUCAAGCAGGAGCGUGCUGAGAGGGAGGAGCCAGAGAGGAAACCCAGCCUUCAGUUUGUGGACUCUGAGCACACCAACCAUUACAACUGUCACCCCGUCUGAUGAUGGUGACCAUUACAACUAUCACCAUGGCAACCAUUACAACUGUCACCAUGGCAACCAUUACAACUGUCACCCCGUCUGAUGAUGGUGACCAUUACAACUAUCACCAUGGCAACCAUUACAACUGUCACCCCGUCUGAUGAUGGUGACCAUUACAACUAUCACCAUGGCAACCAUUACAACUGUCACCCCGUCUGAUGAUGGUGACCAUUACAACUAUCACCAUGGCAACCAUUACAACUGUCACCAUGGCAACCAUUACAACUGUCACCAUGGCAACCAUUACGACUGUCACCAUGGCAACCAUUACAACUGUCACCCCGUCUGAUGAUGGUGACCAUUACAACUGUCACCAUGGCAACCAUUACAACUGUCACCAUGGCAACCAUUACAACUGUCACCCUGUGUGAUGGUGAUGCCCAUUACAACUGUCACCAUGGCAACCAUUACAACUGUCACCCCGUGUGAUGGUGACAAUUACAACUGUCACCAUGGCAACCAUUACAACUGUCACCCUGUGUGAUGGUGCCCAUUACAACUGUCACCAUGGCAACCAUUACAACUGUCACCCCGUCUGAUGAUGGUGCCCAUUACAACUGUCACCAUGGCAACCAUUACAACUGUCACCAUGGCAACCAUUACAACUGUCACCCUGUGUGAUGGUGAUGCCCAUUACAACUGUCACCAUGGCAACCAUUACAACUGUCACCCCGUGUGAUGGUGACAAUUACAACUGUCACCAUGGCAACCAUUACAACUGUCACCCUGUGUGAUGGUGAUGCCCAUUACAACUGUCACCAUGGCAACCAUUACAACUGUCACCCCGUGUGAUGGUGACAAUUACAACUGUCACCAUGGCAACCAUUACAACUGUCACCCUGUGUGAUGGUGCCCAUUACAACUGUCACCAUGGCAACCAUUACAACUGUCAUUCUGUGGGAUGAUGCCCAUUACAACUGUCACCAUGGCAACCAUUACAACUGUCAUUCUGUGGGAUAAUGCCCAUUACAACUGUCACCAUGGCAACCAUUACAACUGUCACCAUGGCAACCAUUACAACUGUCACCCUGUGUGAUGGUGAUGCCCAUUACAACUGUCACCAUGGCAACCAUUACAACUGUCACCCCGUGUGAUGGUGACAAUUACAACUGUCACCAUGGCAACCAUUACAACUGUCACCCUGUGUGAUGGUGCCCAUUACAACUGUCACCAUGGCAACCAUUACAACUGUCAUUCUGUGGGAUGAUGCCCAUUACAACUGUCACCAUGGCAACCAUUACAACUGUCAUUCUGUGGGAUGAUGCCCAUUACAACUGUCACCAUGGCAACCAUUACAACUGUCACCCUGUGUGAUGGUGCCCAUUACAACUGUCACCAUGGCAACCAUUACAACUGUCACCCUGUGUGAUGGUGCCACACCUCCCUGACCUACACCCAGCCCUCACCCCUCACCCCUCGACCCGCGUCACACCAUGUUGAAUGUGUUCUUUGGCUUGUGGCCUCCUUCCUCCAUCUUCCCCACUACCACUACACCCACACUCCUCCUCCUCGCCCUGGAGGGAAGGCAGGAAACAAAGAUGGCCGACGUGGAGGCGACAAGAUGGCGGUCAAGACGCUGUGGCGGUACGUCGCAAAAGUCUCUCUUCACUUUCAUUUAUACUGAAUUUAUUUUUUUUUCCUUUGGCUGGAAGGACAACUUUUCAGCUCAGCUCGGACACUUCAUUAGGUACACCUGCGCACGCUAACGGGAUCAAUACAAGCAACAAUUCUGCUUUUACAAACCAAUGACGAAAAUCAUCUAUUUACGAUUGAAUCCUGGUUUAUUUGUAACCAUUCAACAAAGGCAAUAAUUAAUAAGAAUAAUUUAAAAAUGUAGUUAACAGCCUAACUAUAUAUAGCAAACCAACAUAAGAAAAGGGAGAUGGAUUAACUUUGUGUGUGAAAGUACGCAAGCUAGCGAGUGGAACUCAAAUGCUAACAUUAGCAUGCUAAUAUUAGCAUGCUAACAUUAGCAUGCCGACGGAGAAUGCAACAAGUACCAAGAGGCGUACGCAUGCAAAAUUAGCUAAAAAGAUGGCAUGCUAAUGUUGGCGUAAUGUUACAUUAGCAUGUCUCAAGUACCAAGUUAGCAAGUCAGCAAAAAAAAAAAGUUAGCAUGUUAAUGUUAGCAUGUUAACCGUUAGCAUACAUCAUGUGCGCGCGAGUGGAACUCAAAUGCUUAUGUUAGCAUGCUAACAUUAACAUGCCAACUGAGAAUGCGACAAGUACCAGGAGGCGUACGCAUGCAAAAUGAGCUUAAAAAAAAAGAUAGCAUGCUAAUGUUGGCGUAAUGUUACAUUAGCGUGUGUCAAGUACCAAGUUAUGACUCUGAGGUUUACGGCAGCAACAAAAAAAAAAGUUUGCAUGCUAAUGUUAGCAUGUUAACAGUUAGCAUACGUCAUGUGUGCAGGAGUUGCUGAUAUGCGCGUUAGCAUGCUAACAUUAGCAUGCCAACAGAGAAUGCGACAAGUACCAGGAGGCGUACGCAUGAAAAAUGAGCUAAAAGAGAUAGCAUGUAAAUGUUGGCAUAAUGUUACGUUAGCAUGUGUCAAGUGCCAAGUUAUGACUCUGAGGUUUACGACAGCCAAAAAAGUUUGCAUGCUAACGUUAGGGCUUGCUAAUCUGCACGAGUGGAAGUGAAAUGCUAACUUUAGCAUGCCGACGAAGAAUGCGACAAUCAUUAAGUUAUUUGACUCUGAGGCACACGCAUGCAACAUUUGCUUAAAAAGCUAGUAUGCUAACAGUUAGCAUGAGUCAAGUGGCGAGUUAUAUGGAGAAAAAAAAUGACAUGUAUUUAUUUUUCUGUCCAAAAGAGAAAGAGAUGAUACAUUAUUAUCUGCUACCUGGUGGUUGUUAUAAUUGAUUAUUAUACAAUUAUAAUUGUUAUAAUAAGUUUUAAAAAUCGAUUAAAAAAGUAUUUUUAAUACAUUUUGACAUUAAAAUAAAACUUGUUUUUCUUUUAACAUUUUUAGAGCAUCUCCAUAUAACCAGAAGAAGCUGUUUUGAAAAAGUCCCAUUAUAAUUAUUAAUUAUUAUACCAAAUAAUACGUUUUGAUUGGAAAAUGGAUUGCCUAACCCUAACCCUAACCCUAACCCUAACAGCCGCAGGGGCGUUGUUUUCCUGUAUUGUCUCCCCCGAGCGUGAGCAAGUGUACCUGUACGUCCACAAUGUGUUGUAUUUCAUACAGAGUUGUGAGUUGGAGGUAAGAAUGUGCGUACCACUACCACCACCUUGCCAGGUCCACUUGGAGAAUCCUGGGGAAAUUCUCUUUUUUUGUUCUAAACCGAGAGAGAUGAAUUUAAUUUAUUGUAAACGCGUUUUUAUUGUGCAAUCACCCUGCUUGCCACUUUGAGCCGCACGGCCGCUCCACGUGAGAAUGCUGCGAAGGAUGAGUGUGUUUAUAGAAAUAUAUUCUUGGUGAUAUUUGUGUUUUUCCGACGGCGCGAGGAGAUGAUGUUCCACGUCGCACGUGGAUGCCAGAUGUCCUCCGCCAUGCUGGCGAGGUUGUUGCUAGGCGACAGGACGACGGGUCCGACACAGACCGGAGCUGGUGUGGUUUUUGAGGCGAGGCCCAAAGUCACAACAAUGUCUUUGUUUGCAAUAGGAGUAUAAACAUUAGGCGAGCACUGAAAGCAACAAGCAGGUGUGGAGCGCGACAUUUAGCAAGAGUUGAUGUACGUGUACAGUAUGUACAGUAUGUUAUGUUUUAUUGCAGUUACUGUAACAUUCUUCUGCUUUCAUUUUAAAAUUGUUGUUUUUUAAUAAAUAUGUCAU